AUGAAAAUCAACAACUCUAGCUGGAAUGAUCGCUCUCCGCUGAUCGGAACGACUUGUGAUCACCCGAGUCUCCCCACGAGAGACUGGCACAUGAUAGUUUUUAACUCUAGCUGGAACGUUCGUUUCUUGAGGAUGGGGACGACGCGUAGUCACUCGAGGUUCUCCUAUUGGAACGAUCGGUCUUUGAUGAUGGGAACGACGCGUCCUCAUCCGAGGUUCUUCAAGGGAGGAUGGUCGACCUGUAGAUUGUUUGUUUUUAUUAGGAUUAUAAUGUACAAAGUUUAG